CAUCUGCGUCGCCCGUUCGCCCUUCCCCACCUUUGCUCGGCUCGGCAGCAUCGCGUCACGUCGCUUGGUUCGCUCGCUGCACCACCACCGCGAGCCGGUUGCUGCGGCCCCGACCCCGUGGUGCGCGAAUCGUCUCUACCCACCCUCUUCUCCGCGAUUCUUUAUUCCCGUUCGGGCGAUGGGAUUUUAGUCUGGGAUCGCGGUGACGGAGAUUUGGGGGAAGGGGAUUUGGUUCUUGAUUCGACGCGAUUCGGGGAGUGGAAGCGGAUGCGGAAUCCUGCGUUUCUUUCUGUGUGUUUUGGGGGGGUUUAUUCAGAGAUGACCUCUUCUUUGGUUCGCACGCGUUCUUGGUUCUUGGUUCUCUGUUUUUGGGUGGCUUUCGAUUUCUGUGCUGAGUUUUUACAUGGGUUUUGGCUUCCUGGCAUUCUUGCGAGGAUCGGGGGUUUGAUUCCGCUUCUUGACGAGUUUCUUGGUUUGCUCAGUCGAAUGUUGCUGGGUGUUCUUGGUUUUAUUUGGUACGUGUGCUGUAGUAUAUCACUGUUUAUUCUGUUUUGGUCUGUGUUCUUGCCAAAUUGGUCUGUUCUUGAGUUUGUUUGGUGCGUAUGAUUUUUUAUGGGCGGUUUUGGGUUGAUUGCAUUCUUGCAAGAAUCGGUGCUUCGGUUUGGUUCUUUGCGAGAUUUUUUAUUCACUUAAUGAAAUGUUUUUCUGUGCGUGGUGUGCUUUAACGUCUCAGCAGACCAUCAUUAGUGAUUCUCUCUGUUUGUUCUGUUUCUGGUGACUUUCUGUUUCUGUAUGAGUCUGACUUGUUAAUUCUGUAAUUAGUGUUCCGUUCUGCGAUGGCAUCUUUCUUCUUUCUUUCGGUGGAUUAAAGAUGUUGAUGUAUAUGGUGCUGUAAAACCUUUUCCCCCUUCUGUCAAUCCAAGAAUAUCUGAGGCAAGAACCUUGCUAAUAAUGGUGGACAAUGAUGUUGCCCCCAAUUCACGGGCCUUGUGAGAGGCUAGCAGCGCUUGACAUCAGUAUCAGAGAUUCCUGGACUGAUGAGGAGCUUGUGAGAUUCUUGGCGGAGAGGAAAGCCGAGGACCCCCUUCCCCAGGACGUACUUGUGGGUUUGGACUUUUCUGUUGUUGAUCCACGAGGCUUCACUGGAGGCGUAUGGCACUUGAACUGGUCAGAUGAUCAGCAGCCCUAUGAUAAUGCUAAACACGGUAUCAGAAAGGCAAUCAAUGGAUACUGGAAUCCUUUGCAUUCUUCCAGAAUACCAACAAGUACAGGUAUCAUUGGUGUCAAAAUUGUUUUGGAGUUUUAUGAAGGUCAAGCACCAUGUGAGAGAACUGGGUGGGUGAUGCAUGAAUAUCAGGUAGAACAGAAUGAUGAAGCUAAUCUACCACAGGAUUACAAGUCUCUGUGUAAAGUAUUCCUGCAGGGUGACAAAAAGAUAAAUGCUGAAAGUCAACAAAAUUCUCUGAAUGCAGAUGCUUCUAAUGAUAGCUUUCAAUCUUACCUUCAGUAUCUUGCCAAACUAGAAGAGCCAAAGCAGACUGUAGCUGCAAAUGAGCAGGAUAUCUGUUCUAGCAAAGGACAGCAUGAGCAUGCUCACAGUGCUGCAGAUGAUAUUGCUGUUCAUGAUGUUAUUGCUACUGGGGACUACAUAGAGCUGAAUGACCUACUAAUCUCUUCUAGCAAAGGACAGCGUGAGCAAAAAACUGCAGAUGAUAUUGCUGUUCAUGAUGUAAUUGCUACUGGAGACUACGUAGAGCUGAAUGCCCUACUAAGCUCUUCAAGCAAAGGACAACAUGAGCAAAAAUCUGCUGCAGAUGAUAUAGCUGUUCAUGAUGUUAUUACUACUGGGGACUACAUAGAGCUCAAUGAUCUACUAAGCUCAGAAGCCUCUGCAUCAACUUCAGAAAACUCAAGCAAGCGGUCUAUCAUUUCUGAAGAGUACUUUGAUUCCGAUGCAUUCCUGAGGGAGAUUUUGAAGGACAGUGACACAACUGAUGGACAACAUCAAGACCGCAAGUUUAGCAUAGCUGCACCUACUAAAUCAGCUAAUGUGGUCAUCAGUCCGUCAGAACAAGGGUUAGUUCAAAUCCAUAACAAUGCCGCGGUGGCUGGAACUUCACAGCAAAAGCCAGUGCCAGUAGAUCCACAUUCAAGCAAGGGGUUUCAGCAGCACAGUCCUUCAAUAUCUUCCUAUUUCCUAAGCAGUCAUGUGAAACGAAGCCGUUCUAAUAGUUCUAAUAGCUCACAGAGCAGCAUCAAGUCUCAAAGAGAGCGUUCUACCAGUAAAUUUGGAAAGAUAGGAAAGAAGUACUGCUGCUUCGGAUCAUUCUAGUUCAGUGUAUAGGUUUGCUCUAUUUGUGUACAGGAUGGAACAUAGGGAGGUCCAGUUUCCCUCUUCAUCAUUCUAGGCGUAUGAUACUCCGUAAUGUGACAGUGACACUGGCUGAUUGACACUACAAAUAGUUGCUGGAUGUUUCGAGAAACUGAGCCAAAGAAGCUGAUAGUUUGAAGCACUGAUAAUGUGGUGGAUAAUUUGACUGGUGAUUCUUUGAUACUGAGACGACCUAGUAUCAUUUUUGAUCAAUAGGUGUUUGAUUGAUUUUCAUUUUAAUGCCGUGAAAAGAGAUUAGUAGCGUCUUUUUUGUCUCUUUUGAGGGGAGAUUAAUAGUGGCUUCUCUUCUGUAAAUAUCACCAGUGCAAUUUGUAUAAUACAAUUUUACCUUUUAGUAAGUUCUGUAAAUGAUCAAUAUUUUGUUAUACUUUUAGCUGAUGAAAGCUACGCUAUAUGGUUCAAAUUAUGUAAUUUGCGAUCCAAUUAUCCA